GCUAAACCUGUCUCCUCUGCUCACAAGUGAUUUGAGUUAGGAAACACGCAGAAGAUUUCUGGAUUCUGCAUCCCAUCUUCAGUUGAGGCUGAUCCUUUCCACAACAACAAUGAACAUCUCUGAGGAGGAGAUACAGGGCUUCUACAGCAGUGACUCCCACUACGAGAACAUGAUAUUUUCUACAUUUUACAUCCUGAUUUUCAUCAUUGCUGUGCCUGGGAAUGCCUUGGCGCUGUGGGCCUUCUUUCACCAGGACUGCAUGUCUCCGACUAAGGUCUUUCUGAGGCACUUGUCCAUUGCAGACAUUUCUUACAUCCUCAUUUUGCCAAUGCGAAUAGUUUACCACCUUUCUGACAGCCACUGGCCUUUCGGACAUGUCCUCUGUCAACUAGCAGGCUUCCUCUUUUACCUUAACAUGUAUUGCAGCUUAUACUUGAUGAGUUUCAUCAGCCUGGACAGAUUUCUGGCUGUGGUUUUUCCUAUAAAAUCACAGUCCAUCAGGAAGGCUUUGAAUGCAAAGGUAGUUGUUGGCAUACUUUGGGUGGUAGUUAUUGUGUCCAUGAGUCCUAUACUUUUCUCUAAAAAGAGCGUGACAAACAACUCAACUGGCAUCUGCAACAAGCUCUACUUAGAAAAGACUUCACCCAGUGCUUUAAUUUCAACUAUUGUGGCAUUUGUUAUUCCCCUUUCAACCAUCAUGGUCUCCUACAUACUGAUAUUGCUGAAACUGAGGUCAGUCAAGCAACAGGGAGAACGACCAGUGAAAGACAAAGCAAUAAGAAUGAUCAUCCUCAUCCUGUUGAACUUCCUGUUGGCCUUUGUGCCCUACCAUGUGAGCAGGGUAAUCUACAUCGAAAGCCACAGGCAUGUCGAUGUGACUGCAGCCAGCCGCGACUCACUGGGACGAGCCAAUCGGAUCACGUCUGCACUGACCUGUGUCAGUGGUGUGCUGGAUCCUGUGAUGUACUUCUUCCUGAACCGUGCAUACAGGAACAAACUGCUUCAGCUGUUCUGUAAAAAAAUGGAGAUUGAACAAUAAGCAGCAAACAUCAUGUACUCAAUAAAUUUUUUAAAAAUAAAA